UGAAUAAAAAGGUGGUUCUUCUCUGCUUCACUCGCGACUCCAACUCAAGUCUGGUCUGCGCAUCGAAGAUCUGCUCGCGCCUCUCGUCGUUUUCGCCUCUGAUCUUCACCAAGAUUACUUAGUUGGAAUUGGAGAUGCCUUAUUGCGUAUCGCUUGUUUGGAAAAUUGGAAGAAGUACCAUGUAAUUGAUGAUUGAUGAUCACCAACUGGGCAUAAUAGCCAAUGUUCUUGGCAUGUUCAUAUUUCUCCUGGUGAUUGCUUAUCAUUACGUGACGGCAGACCCAAAAUAUGAAGGCCACUGAGAGUGAGAAUAUGGUAUCGUAUCUGCUAAUGGAGACACCAAUUGAACUCCAAAAAGACCUAGUUGAUACAUGUAUCAUUGAAUUUUGUUAGCACUUGAACUUUCACUACUACCUUGGCAUUUAUCCGCUUCCUAUUAUGCCCUCUCCCUUCUAAUUCCAUAUGCACUUGUCUGGGACUUGUAUACAGAUCAUAAUGUAGCUCAAAGUACUUAAUGUUAUCUGUAGAAUUUCUUCGAACCAAUCAUUUCCAAAUCCUAAACAUUGUAGCAAACUGCCAGCAUGUACUAUGGCAAGUGUUGAAUUCA